UGGAGCUUUAGUGUAGCCUUUGAGGUAUGUUUCCCUCAUGAUUUCGUUAAGUUUAUAAACCACAUGGAUUACGCUUAUGAGUUUUCAGGUUGCUGGGACUAUCUGUAACUGCUCUUUUGAAGCCAAGAACCAUCUUGAGAAUAUACUCUUGAUAUCAGAGUUUCUCUGGCCCGCUCUGCUCCUGCCAGUUGCAGGCAGUAAGAUAUACAGUGAGGAAGAUAUCUCAGAAAUGCCACCUGAGCUUGGAAGUGCGCUUGCCAUUGAGCGAGAGCCAGUUACUGAUGCUGACAUUCGUGUUCAGACACUAGAAGCUAUAUAUUUGAUCAUCUUACAGGAGGCAGGACGAAGGACAUCUCUCUUUGUGUUGUGUUUGCUUCCUCUCGAUUUUCAUUGUUAGCUGUGAUAUCACAUCUGUAUUUAAUUGUCUGUUUGAUGUUUCUUAAUGACUUGUUGUCUUUAGGGUGAGCCAAGGUUUCAUCUGUUUGAUUCCUUAUGUGCAUUGCAGCCACAGCUGCGAGAGCACUUAAAUCGGUGCUUCAAGGGAUUUUUCAUUCUUAUGAAGGGUAAGACAUGGCUGCAUUGUCGCGGUGAUGGUCUUAUCAAAGUUCUAUAUGUUUCAAAAGUUGGAACAUGUUAAAGACUC